CAUCAUUUGGAAUUUGUUUACUUUUAUCAAAACAAUUCAACUUUACUCCCAGCAGAAAAUUAACUUUUGUUAAUAUUUCUUAGCAUUUAAUAAUAAAUAAAGGUUUUAAGCAAUCGAAUAAUGGAAAAACUUGAAGCAUUAAAAAUCUCAUCUAUGCGCCCGAGAACUAAUAUCCUGGAUCGCCCACUGGCCAAGGGAAAAACAGAAGUUUCCCAAAGCAUUGUAGCUCUGUUGUUUAGUGAAAUUGUGCAAUAUUGCCAAAGUCGUGUGUACACUGUUCCUGAAUUACAAACAAAAUUACAUGAAAUGGGACAAGAUGUUGGAACUCGGGUAAUAGACAUCUACUUUGUACGAGAAAGGGGAUCGAAGCGAGAGACAAAACUGACACAAAUGCUUUUGUUUGUUAAGACAACUUUAUGGAAGAAUCUCUUUGGCAAGGAAGCAGAGAAACUAGAACACGCAAACGAAGAUGAACGCACUUACUAUAUCAUUGAAAAGGAUCCAUUGGUCAAUGCAUUCAUAAGUGUGCCUAAAGACAAAGGCUCCUUGAACUGCGCCAACUUCACAGCUGGAAUUGUAGAAGCCGUUCUGACACACUGUGGAUUUCCAUGCAAGGUGACAGCACAUUGGCAUAAAGGAACUACUUACAUGGUGAAGUUUGAGGACUAUGUCAUAGCUAGGGACAAACAAUUGGAAGACAAGUAAAACACUCAACAAAAGAAGCAUUCUUCAUAACCAAUCUUUAUUUGUAUUGAUAUUCUUUAAAAAUAAAUACACCCACAAACUUAA